CUGCCCCUGGGAGCCCCAACCCUGCCAGCCCAGACUGUGAUUCCCGAGUCUCUCCCGGGCUGGAAUUGCUGCCCGGCGUCCCAAACCCACCUGCAAAGGGGACACAAGGACCGACAUUCCCUCGCUGUCCGCCUCCGCGAGUCCCCGCCCGCUCUCCCGCCUUUGAGGCGGGGAUGCCCCGCCAUCUUAGGGGUGUUCCCAUCUCCUUUCCCCGCGGUUUGCGGGUGUCUGUGCUUUGGAUAUAACUUGUUCUUUCCUCGCUGUGUGGAGCUGAGGGACGAGGGAGAGGUGCCCGCGGUGCUGGAGUUCCUGUGACCUUGGCUCACGUUCCCAGGGGACAAUGUCCAACGUGCGGGUGGCAGUGGUGACGGGCUCCAACAAAGGCAUUGGCUUGGCCAUCGUGCGGGCGCUGUGCCGGCAGUUCCCGGGGGACGUGUACCUGACAUCCCGGGAUCCCGGCCGUGGCCAGGCCGCCGUGGCACAGCUCCAGCAGGAGGGGCUGCGCCCGCUCUUCCACCAGCUGGACAUCGAUGACCUGCAGAGCAUCCGAGCGCUCCGCGACUUCCUCAAGGACAAGUAUGGAGGGCUCGACGUGCUGGUGAACAACGCUGGCAUCGCCUUCAAAGUUAAUGACACCACUCCAUUUGCAGUCCAAGCUGAGGUUACACUGAAGACAAACUUUUUUGCAACCAGGAAUGUUUGCACAGAAUUGCUGCCUCUUGUGAAGCCUUAUGGCCGGGUGGUGAAUGUCUCCAGCACGGUGAGCUGCUCAGCCCUGCGAGGCUGCAGCCAGGAGCUGCAGCAGAAAUUCCGCAGUGACACCAUCACUGAGGAGGAGCUGGUGCAGCUCAUGGCCAAAUUCGUGGAAGACACCAAGAGAGGUGUCCAUGAGAAGGAGGGCUGGCCAAACACUGCCUAUGGGGUGUCCAAAAUCGGGGUCACUGUCCUGUCCAGGAUCCAAGCGCGGCUGCUGAGCGAGCAGAGGAAGGGCGACCACAUCCUCCUCAACGCCUGCUGCCCUGGCUGGGUGAGGACAGACAUGGCAGGUCCCAAGGCCACCAAGUCCCCAGAGGAGGGGGCUGAGACCCCCGUUUAUUUGGCCCUUUUGCCUUCCAGUGCUGAUGCUCCUCAUGGCCAAUUUGUCAGUGACAAAACUGUCAAACCCUGGUGAGCUCAGGGAUGGAAAGGGCUGAGCUCAUUUUCCUGAUUUCAUUCCUAAUUCUGUCAUUCCCCUUUCCCUCUGCCCUGGGAUGGGUCUCAUGGAGCUGGGAUGAGGAAGCAGGUGCCUUAUCUCUCAUCACAGUAGAAUUUUCCAGCAUCCAGAGCUGUUCUGGAGGCUGCACAGGGUUUUCUGAAGAUGAUGGGGCUGUUCUAGAGCUGCUGUGAUCUGUCUGGGGGGAGACUCAAGACCAGAAUCACUGUUGGACAGACAUUCCUUACUGUCAGAAAUAAAUGGAAUUAGGUGAAAAUAAAAAUAGCACUGAUCUAUCAUUUAUAGCCAAACAUAAUCAGUUGAUGUUAUUAAUAUAUCAAUAAAUAAUUACUGAUUUAUAUUCUGGUACUUAAUUAUUGUGGUACUAAAACCUUAAAAAGUCAGAAAAUAUUUUUUCGUUUUCUGCAGCAGAGUUUGUGGCUGAAAUUUGUGAUGUGUGCAUUGGAAACAGAGAAAAUAAACUACAGACCUGACACA